CCCACAGCGCGCCGGCCCGGGGACCUGGCGGCGGGGGCGCGCGGGGGCCCGGGCCGCGUGGGCGCCGGGAUGGAGGGCGCCGAGGGGCGGGGAGCGGGCGUGCGUGUGUGUGCGAGUGCGAGGGAGGCCGGCCUUUAGUGUAACCGGAGCUACAAAGAAGGGGAGAGUCCGGGAGAGGGAGGGAGGAGCGGCGGCGGCGGCGCCGGGGGCAGCUCCGCCAGCCGGCCCCUUCCCCCCGCGCCCGCGCCCGCGCCCACCCGGAAUGAUGAAGAAGAACAAUUCCACCAAGAGGGGGCUUCAGGAUGGCAACCAGCCGUCCGCACCGCCGGAGAAGGUCGGCUGGGUCCGGAAAUUCUGCGGGAAAGGGAUUUUCAGGGAGAUUUGGAAAAACCGUUAUGUGGUGCUGAAGGGGGACCAGCUGUACAUCUCUGAGAAGGAGGUAAAAGAUGAGAAAAAUGUUCAAGAGGUGUUUGACCUGAGUGACUAUGAGAAGUGUGAAGAGCUCCGGAAAUCCAAGAGCAGGAGCAAGAAAAAUCAUAGCAAGUUUACUCUUGCCCACUCCAAACAGCCCGGCAACACGGCUCCCAACCUGAUCUUCCUGGCCGUGAGUCCAGAAGAGAAGGAAUCAUGGAUCAAUGCCCUCAACUCUGCUAUCACCCGAGCCAAGAACCGUAUCUUGGAUGAGGUCACCGUUGAGGAGGACAGCUAUCUGGCGCACCCCACUCGAGACAGGGCAAAAAUCCAGCACUCCCGCCGCCCCCCAACUCGGGGACACCUGAUGGCCGUGGCUUCCACUUCUACCUCGGACGGGAUGCUGACUUUGGACCUGAUCCAGGAGGAAGACCCUUCUCCGGAGGAACCAGCCUCUUGCGCCGAGAGCUUUCGCGUGGACCUGGAUAAGUCUGUGGCCCAUCUGGCCAGCAGCCGGCGGAGAGCAGACUCAGACCGCAUCCAGCCCUCCUCAGACCGAGCCAGCGGCCUGCCCCGGGCUUGGGAAAAGCCAGACAAAGGGGCCACCUACACGCCCCAGGCCCCCAAGAAGCUGAGCCCCGCAGAGAAAGGCCGCUGUGCCUCCUUGGAGGAGAUCCUGUCUCAGCGGGACGCUGCCCCGGCCUGCACCCUCCAGCUGCGGGCCGGGGACCCCCCAGGCCUCAUUCCACCCCACCCGGGGCAGCUGUCCCGGAUCCAGGACCUGGUCGCCAGGAAACUGGAGAAGACUCAGGAGCUGCUGACAGAGGUUCAGGGACUGGGAGAUGGGAAGCGAAAGGCCAAGGACCCCCCGGGGUCCCCUCCUGAUUCUGAGUCAGAGCAGCGGCUGCUGGAGACGGAGCGGCUGCUGGGAGAGGCGUCGUCGAAUUGGAGCCAAGCAAAGAGGGUGCUGCAGGAAGUCAGGGAGCUGAGGGACCUGUAUAGACAGAUGGACCUGCAGACCCCCGACUCCCACCUCAGACCAGCCACUCAGCACAGUCAGUACCGGAAGAGCCUGAUGUGAACGAGGGGGAUGGCGGCUGGAACUUGGGGGGUGGGGUACACGGACUCUUAUCUCCAAGUGUUGCAGGAUAAAGCUUUUUUAUUUACCUCAGUCAAAAAAAGGAAAAAAAAAAAAAAACCACAAACUCGUUGCUCUUGCUGCUGCCCAACCUUCCCCCUACCCCCCUUUCCUUCCUUAUCUGUGGCUGUUUCUCUGGCAUCUCAGUUGCCUCGGAUUUGAGGAGGUGACCCCUACAGCAGUAUUAAGAAGCUCUCACCUAGAUGAAGAGAGGGGGGAAUAAAGGCAUAGUCUGGCCAUUUACACACACCACCCCUCAGACACGGCAGGGAACCUUCUGCGGCUCCCAAGGACGUGCAUAAGCCAAGUGUGCGGGGGAGCCUUUUUCUGUUCCAUCCCAUUCCAGGUUUUCAAUCUGAGGGUGAGAUUUCAGCUGUCCAGCUCUAACCCUGGGGAUACGGAAGCCACUGCCAACUGCGCACACAGAAGUGACAUCUGUCCCGGCCCUGAGUAGGAUUUGUGGGAUCCCACCAGACACACCAGCUUCUCACUCAUACCCUCUAAUGAGACCGAGCUGCCUGGCUA